UCCGCCCAGAAAAUGGACUCUGAGUCGUUUACGCGCACUGAAGUCGACUGCCUGCAAGGAUUAAUCGACGGUAUCCAGAACGACGAGUUGAUUAAGGAUGACCAGAUCAAAGACUCCGACAUUAUAUUCUUCUCUCAAUUCGGGCAUUUGGACGACGACCCGAAUUUUCAAAUCCUUGAUGCAGCUGCUGAUGGGGGCGCAUCAACUACUGCUAAUAUUCAAGAAAUGAUCCCAAGCAACUUGGAGUCCUCCAGCGCUGCGCCCAGUAAGAAGGACUCGUCUUUGAUAUUUUCCAAAACAAAGUACAAGGAACAGGAUGGGAAAUGCAGCAGAGUUUUCCAAUGCGGAGUGUGCGGCAAAGAGUUCGGGCAUCAGUACACCCUGAUGCGCCACUUGCCCACCCAUACAGACGAGAGGAAGUUUCAUUGUCUCACUUGCGGAAAAUCGUUUCGUCAGAUGUCCACCUUGUCUCAGCACAGGGCUAUUCACUCCUCGGCGCGGCCCUACGUGUGCCGGGUGUGCAACAAAAACUUCAAUCGAGUUUCCACCUUGAUUUCCCAUAGUAAAACGCAUACAGGGGUGAAACCGCAUCGCUGCCACAUCUGCGAUAAGGCUUUCCACCAAAAAGUGACCAUUCAAGUGCCAUUUUGGUAAACCCGAUCAAAACCGACGCGAUGAAAAAGGCCAUGCUGGCAGGGGCGACGCCGUUUGCGCUGCUGCGCCCCCUUUCAGGAAUUCCUGUGCUGGUUCGGGUGCUUCCGGCUGGCGAAAAACAGAUGCUGGUUCCAGCCACCGCUGAAGAUCUGAAGACGUUCGGGCAUAUCUCCAUUAAGCCGAAGGUGGCCGAUUCCAACUCCACUGAGCUGGCCGACAAGGAGAUAUCAGGGGGCUGCAUCGUGCAGAUCAAGGUGCCAGUGGUGGCCACGGUGAUCCAGGCCAUCGCAGGGCUGAGCGGCGACGUUUCGACGAACGUGGUCAGUCCGGGACCCGGAGAAAUCCUGGACAGCAGGAACUUGGACUUGAAUGCCGAUAGCUUCGUCUACGCGUCCUCCCUACCGGACAAAAGCGGCCCAGGUUUGGCGCAUUCGUUUGCUUUCGAUGACAAAAUGUUGGGCGGCGAAGAAAAGACACUGGAUGGUAGCAGUGCUGCUUUGGCCAAUUCGAUGGAAUUUACUUUUGAAAUCCCCCAAGACGCUCGGGCGGACUUGAUUUACCCUUUCACUGGAAGCGCGGCGCCCCAAAAGGUGAGCCAAUCUUAGCUGCAAGAGGACCGUUUCCUGUUAAUACGCGCAUGUUUGUAUGAGGCCAAAGGCAUGAGCCCUAAGGGUACAGGAGGGCUUAGGGGCCUGGUUAAUAAAUUGCUGCUUGCUAUUGUUCGUCAAUUA